GAAAGUGCAUUCAAGGAAGUAAAAACAAUCUGACAUUGGUGAAUAUAACCGGGAUUUGGAACUAUCUUAUUUACACAUCAGUAUCAUAUGGCAGGCGAGUUCCACCAGACCAAAAGCCACCACACCCUGGAUAACUGAAUGGAAAAUUACUCCUGAAGCUAAAAAGACAGACAUAUCCUCAACAGUUGCGAUCCACACAUCUUACAUCAAACGGAAUUCGAAACUUGAAUACAGAAUAUGGCAGAAAUAGGUCAGGAGACCUCAGACAUGAGUCAAGAUUCAAACUCAUUAACAGCAUCUUCGACAACUUCAUCUAGCAGCUCUGUUGACGAACAACCGCCUUUGACACCACAGUCAACGAUAGACUCCAACCAAGAUUCAAACGCACCAACAGCAUCUUCGACACCUUCAUCUAGCAGCUCUGAUAACGAGCAGGCACCUAUGUCAACAGAGUCAACGUUAGACUCCAACCAAGAUUCAAACGCACCAACAGCAUCUUCGACACCUUCAUCUAGUAGCUCUGUUGACGAGCAGACACCUAUGUCACCACAGUCAACGUUAGACCCCAACGAAGAUUCACACUCACCAACAGCACCUUCGACACCUUCAUCUAGCAGCUCUAUUGACUCCAGUCAGGUAUCAAGUUCAGAUAAUGACGUCCAAUCUUCUGACAAAGGAUAUAAUUUUAGAAAUGAAGAUUUUAAUCACAUGAGCGAGUUCAAUACAGAAAGAAAGGAAACAAGCAGUUCAGGCAGCCCAGCUUCUAUCCAAAGUUUUUCUGAUGACGAGGAUGAUUUUAACCCGAAAAGAACAUAGAACUUUAUAGAUGGAACCGAAAAGCGUCGUAACUCUUGAAAAGCGUUUAGGAGAAGUAUUUAGUAAAUCUAAUAUCUAUUUCAAGGCAUGUAAAUGGCAAAGUGUUACAAAUAAUUCAAACCAUUGAACAAGUUCGAAAAAUCUUUGACUUGCGUCGAAUUCCUCGUUAAGUGACAAAAAAUCUAAAUGGAAAAUGACAUAACAUAGUUAAACAUAGUUAUUAUAGAUUAUUGACAUACAGAGUUAUGGAGGGGAAAAAUGAGCCGAUUUUUCAUUAAA